AUGUCACUCUCACUCGCUCACACGCCUCUAGCAGCGUGCCUCCGCUCUGCGCGCGCUUUCGCUCUUACACCAUGCGCUAGGAACUCUCUCGCCCGCCCUCGCCUCCGUUUACACCCCCUCCCCUCCGCUCCCAAGCAAAAGUCUGCCCUCGUUCCCCAUCUUAUACACGCCCCCUUAUUCUCCACACCCUUCUGGUGUGUUGCGAUCACACCCCCACACCCUCCAUAA